AUGGGGGAUGAUGACUCCAAUUUUAGGGUUUUAUUGAAGUGGGAUCAUACCAAGUACUUCUACAUUGGUGACCAUUCGGAGACUCUUUUGUGGGAUUUCAUUCACUCAUUUGAUAUGUGGUUUGGCGGAGCUGAUCAAAUUUUGAUGUCUGAUUUUGGAGUUUCUUCAACUGCUCACAAGGGUCUUCAUCAUAUCAAUGUUAGCCAAGAAUUGCUCAAAUUUCAAGGAAGAAAAUGUGGUCAGUUUGUUAAAUUCAUUCUGCUUGUAUCUCUAGGUAAGCUAGUUAUUAACUUACUAAUCUGUGAGAAGUAUGGAACUAACAAGCGAGUUACUAUUCGAUAUUGGAUCAAACCCGGCCAUAGCUUAGCUCUAGCUACAACAUAUUCAGGGGCCAAAUGUGUAAUUUCGAUGGAUAUAAGGAUAUCCAACAGAUGUGAAAUCGCUGAUGGUGAUCCUUCAACCGGCUUCAAUGGAGCCGAGAGGGACGCUCUUUUGGCUCUCAAGGCCGGAUUCAACCAUCCUUUCCUCAACAACAACUGGACCACUAAUCCCCAAAUGUGCUACAUGAACAAAACUCCAGGGUGGUAUGGUAUUAAAUUUCUCAGUAAUCGUGUGACCGGAUUAUUGUUGGAAAAUAUGGGGCUAACCGGGACAGUCAAGGCUGAUGCACUAGUGAACCUCACUGAGUUGUCCGUCCUAAGUUUCAAGAACAAUUCAAUUUCAGGAAAUCUAAUGGAUUUCUCAUACAAUUACAAGUUGACACAAAUUGACUUGUCAAGAAACGAGUUUGAAGGUCCUAUAUCAGCCUCACUUCUGACCCUCAAUUUGUUGGAGUCACUGCAGCUUCAAGACAACAAUUUAGUGGGUUCAAUCCCAAACUUCAAUCAGUCCAGCUUGAGACAAUUCAAUGUAUCAAACAACCACCUUACCGGUCCCAUACCGGAUGGUACUAAAGUCCUUCAAUCAUUCAACUCGUCAUCAUUUUCCGGUAACCCGGGGUUGUGUGGUCCGCCCUCUCUCACUGCCUGCGGCAACAGUACAAGUGAGAAUGACACAUCUAGUUCAAAUGGAGGAGGCAAGCCAGUUUUCUCUUCAGGUUUGAUUAUUAUAAAUGUUUUUGCCUUCAUAGUAAUUGUGUUGCUUUUCACUAUCUAUUGCAAAAAGUCUAUGAAGCUUAAGAAAAAAAUAGAGAAAAAUAGGAAUGCACAAGAGGGGGUACAAAUGGAUGAGAAAAAGAUAGAGGAAGGAGAAGAAGAGAAAGGGAAGCUUAUUUUCAUGGGGGGUGAAGAGCGUUUUGAACUAGAUGAUCUCCUAAAAGCUUCUGCUGAGGGUUUGGGUAAAGGGAAUUUUGGGAAUUGUUAUAAGGCCAUGCUAGUGCACGGACCAGUCGUCGUCGUGAAGCGGCUAAGGGACUUGAGACCUUUGACCAGUGAAGAAUUCACUGGACAAGUGCAAGUGAUUGCUGAUCAGAAGCACCCAAACUUGUUGCCCCUUGUUGCUUACUGCUAUUCCAAAGAAGAGAAGCUGUUGUUGCAUAGAUUUGCAUCGAAAGGAAACCUAUAUAAUCGCAUUCAUAGAGGAAGAGGGACGAGGGAUCGGAUUCCAUUUCGGUUUAGGUCAAGGCUCUCCGUUGCUCACAGUGUAGCUCGAGCUUUGGAGUACUUACACCUCAACACCAAGUCACAAGCCAUAGUCUUUCAUGGCAACUUAAAAUCAACAAAUGUUCUUUUUGAUGAAAAUGAAAUGGUACUUGUCUCCGACUAUGGUCUCACCACGCUUAUGGCCCUUCCACUUGCGGCUCAACGUAUGGUUUCAUACAAAUCACCAGAAUAUCAAAGUCACAAGAAAGUGUCCGAGAAGUCUGAUGUGUGGAGCUAUGGCUGCCUUCUUCUUGAGCUAUUGACAGGAAGGGUUUCGUCUCACUCGUCCCCACAAGGAAGGAAUGGUGUUGAUCUAGGCAGUUGGGUUCACCGGGCAGUUAGAGAAGAAUGGACGGCUGAGAUUUUCGACGUGGAAAUAUUGCAGCAGAGGAGUGCCAACCAUGGGAUGCUGAGACUGCUACAACUUGCCAUAAAGUGUUGUGAUAAAUCGCCAGAGAAGUGGCCGGAGAUGGGUGAGGUGGUGGGAGAGAUUGAGAAUGUAAAGGUCACUUACUCACCAGAAGAAGAAGAUGACUUGUCCAGUGAUCGAUCAUACACCGAUGAUUCCAUGUCCGGACCUCCAUCAGUGAUUAUUGGAGAUGAGAGAUGAUUUUGUUAUUAUUGAAGCAUUGUUAACAUUAGAAAACAAAAAUUGUUUGUAA